AAUCCUGUUCUCUCCCUCAACCUUUCAUCGUUCAAACAUGGAAUCGAAUCCCAACCCUUCGUUUUACCGCUCGAUCUUCUCAGAGGUUGAAGAAAUCGGCUGGCAAUUUCUCCUUCGCUCCUCCCCAGACCUCUCUUCCCUCGUCUUCAAUCUUCAAGAUGAGAAAGGCCGAUCUCAUGCUCUGGAGAUCACUAUUCCCCGGGAUUAUCCCCUUUCUUCUCCUUCAAUCUCUUCGGAUGUUCCUUAUAUGUGUGAACUUCAGUGGUCAGAGAACUCCAAGUUGAGAGAUGUAGUUCGGCAAUUCACUGAACACUUGCAGAAAUUGCAGGAGUUUUGGUCGACCAUGGAUGAGAUUGACAAAACUCUUUGUGUUCUUCAUCCAAAGCAGCCUUCUCUUGCCAUGUCACAUAGGCAAAUUAGCAUUGGAAAUGAAUGUUCUCUCUUGAUGUAUAUUAAUGCAUGCAAACCAAAGUCUUUGCCUGAGUGCAGAUGGUUUGGUCCGGAUUCAAGUGUCGAAAUCAUCAGUAGGAAAUGGAAGAGGAAUUGUGGAAAAUGGAAUACCAACAAACCGUUCCAUGAAAAUCUUGAGACUCUGCUGGAGAUUGAAUUGCCCCGGAAAAUUUCAGUUUCUGUGAGUAAGGAUGACGAACAAUUGGAUUGCGGAAUUUGUUAUGCCCAUUGUCUGCCUGUUGAUGAUGAGCUUGGAGAUUAUAGCGGAGGCAAACCAGACUAUACUUGUGAAAAUGCUAGUUGCAGUAAAGCUUUUCAUGUCAUAUGCUUGCGUGACUGGUUGCGAUCGAUCUCCACAACUAGACAAUCAUUCGAUGUUUUGUUCGGUAACUGUCCUUACUGUUCAGAUCCAGUUGCAGUCAAACUUAAAAUCGGCAAACGUUCAUCGGUUAUUCAGCAGUCAUAAAAAACAAUUCGUCGAUGUUUUCUGGAUGGCAUCUCAUACUAUUAAUUGUGCCAAAUGUUUAUCGGUUCUUCGCAACCAUGAGUAAACUGAUCGACAUCCUUUUUUUUCACUAAAGAUAUUUUUCGGUUAUCAAUGUAUGUACAUGAAUUAUACUAGAUUUUGAUACCAAUGUUUUUCAGCUUUUCUUUCUAAUG